AUGGGUGAUCACGGCAAUAUGGAUGACCUCACUGCUGCAUUGGCACUCAUUCAACAACAAAUGCAGACUCAGCAACAGCAGAUGUUGCAGAUGCAGGAGACCAUCCAAAAUCAGCAACAAAAGAGCACGUUCAGCGGCCUCACUUCAGACAUUCCAAUGGACCACAUAGAGGCCUUUGAGAGGAUCUGCAAUUUCUCUCGCUCUAAUGGAGUGCCACCAGAUUAUGUCAAAUGCACGGUGUUCCCAUUCUCUCUUGAAGGGAAAGCUUCUCGUUGGUUGCAAUCUCUCCCAACCGGUUCUCUCACCUCAUGGGACCAGAGAGAGUGCCCACACCAUGGGUUUGAUGAUGAUUACAUAUUGGAGGUGUUCUACAAUGGAGUGAGUUAUGAUUUCCGAAACACCCUUGACUCUUCUAGUAAUGGAGACUUCAUGACUCAAACCACACCUGGUGCGUUUGCGUUGAUUGAGAACAUGGCAUCAAGUUCACUGAACAAGAACAAAGACCAUGACCGCUCGAAGAGUGUGAACAGCAUAGAUGAUCUCGCUGCGAAGGUGGACCAACUGCUUAAGGGAAACCAAAGCCAAGUGUUCAUAAUGGAAGAAGCAACUCCUGAGAAGAGUGCCGGUGACCUGGCGUUUGAAGAAUUAUCCGGGGACGAUCAGCAAGAGGUGAGCUACGUGAAUGGGCAAGGAUGGCAGCUCAAAAACUACCACCCAAACCCUAACGUGCGAAACAACCAACAGCUUUUCUUGCCUAAGCAAGAUAAACCAACUAAUCCUGCACAGAGUAACCAAGGUCAGUAUGCCGGGUAUCAAAAGAACUACCAACCCCGGCCUUAUGUUCUAAGCCAACCGCAGAACAACACACCCCAGAUGCAGAAACAUCAGAACCCUCAACCAGCUACCUCUGCUCCUAUCAUUUCGCCAGGGCCAGAACAACCAGCUGAAGCUGUUUGCCCGAUCCCAGAGGUUGUUCCUCCUCGCGAAUACAUUCCUAAAGUCCCUUACCCUGUUCCAGCAAAGGCCACUCGUAAGGACAUAGAGGAGAUGAAGUGCAUGAAGAUGCUGGAGGACCUAACCGUCCGACACCCCUUGAAGGAUGCGAUCCAGAUGAUGCCCUCCAUGCGCAGCUUUAUGAAGGGAUUGAUCUCAGGAAAAAUAUCAGAGGAGAGCGAAUUCAUGACAGUUUCCAAGGAGUGCAGCGCAGUGCUUCAGAGCAGGCAGAUAAAGAAGCGAGGAGACCCCGGCAAGUUCGUCCUCUCAAUCCAGAUUGGGAAGACAGUUUUUGCAUGCUCCUUGGUUGAUCUUGGAUCCAGGCGUGAACAUCAUGCCUUACUCUGUAGCACGACGUCUAGGAUACACGCAUUUCAAACCAACUAA